AUGGUUCAGCAGCCGAUCUACUUCGUUAGUCAUACUCUGACAGAUGCUGAGACACGCUACCCCUUACUCGAGAAAGUUGCUUAUGCGGUAGUGGUAGCCGCUCGAAAGUUGAGGCCCUAUUUUGAUUGUCAUCAAAUAGAAGUCUUAACGGAUCAGCCGCUAGAAAAAGUCCUCGGCAAAGUAGAAAAAUCUGGUAGAGUAGCAAAGUGGGCUUUCGAGCUCACCGAGUUCAGUAUCAGCUACCAGCCGAGGGCAGCAAUCAAGGCCCAGGGCUUAGCUGAUUUCCUAGCCGAGUUUUCUUAUCAAGAAAUACUUGACGAGGAAAAGAAAAUAUGGACUAUUUUCACGGAUGGAUCCUCCACCGUGAAUGGUUCGGGGGCAGGGGUAGUCAUAACCUUUACCGAAGGCAAAUCCUUUGAAUAUACACUAAAAUUCUUAUUCAAAGCUUCAAACAAAGGAGCCGAAUACGAAGCGGCAGUCGCUGGCUUGGAAUUAUGCAUAGCAAUGGAAGCCGAGCAUGUUUGUUUGAAAACAGACUCUCAGCUUGUUGCAAAUCAGAUCCGAGGUGAAUAUGAGGCAAAAGAGCCCUCGAUGAUAGCUUACCUCGCCAAGAUCAAAUCAGUCAUUGCAAAGCGAAGAACUUUUGAGGUUGAACUGAUCCCAAGGGGUCAGAAUGCUCAAGCCGACGCAAUCUUCAAGCUUGCAAAUUCAACUCUAACCGAGCUGAACCGCUCUGUAUACGUGGAAGUGCGCCGAGAAAAAACUGUGGACCAAGAACCUCAGGUUUCUUGCAUCGCACACGAGCCGAGUUGGAUAGAUCCCAUCUUAGCUUACAAACUUCGGGGAGAGGUCCCUGAAGACAGAAACUUAGACUCUAAGAUUAAAAGAAUCAGAUCGAGGAUCAUCAUCUUCAGAGAAGAGCUUCCGAAAAAGUCCUUUUCAGCCCCACUAUUGAAGUUCAUGGGUCCAACAGAUGCUGAUUACAUUCUUCGAGAAAUUCAUCUCGGCAUUUGUGGAAACCACAUCGGGGGACGUGCCCUAGCCCUCAAGGCAUUAAGGGCUGGUAACGGUCAAGCCGAGGCUGCAAAUAAACAGAUCCUUAAUGCUCUCAAGAAGAGAGUUGAAGAUCAAAAGUCCAAGUGGAUAGAGGAACUUCCAGGAACCCUUUGGUCACUUCGGACGACAAAAAAAGAAGCAACGGGACAUUCACCUUUUGAGCUGGUGUAUGGGUCUGAGGCUGUCCUUCUAGUGGAAAUAGGCUCAGAAAGUCUACGAGUGAAUCUCUUCUCAGUUGAGGAAAAUGAGAAACUCUUGAAAGAGUCCCUUGACUUCUUAGACGAGGUCAGAGAUUCAGCUUGA